AUGGUGGGCAAGUGGUUCAGCGCAUUUGCAACGCUUCGUGGAAACCCGGCGUCUUUGCCCAACGCACCACUUUUGUGCGCCCCGCGCCACGAGUCGACACACGAAGCCCAACGUAACCAUCGGCGUUCCGGAUCUUUGCCGUACAUCGGCGGGACGGGCAGCACACCUAAUGGCCGAAGCAUUGCCUCGGUCGGCUCGACGGUGAAGGAUGGCAUCGGACGGAGGAGAGCGGAUCGCCGGAAGAAGGCACGUGAGGAUACGACGGAAGAUGAUCAGGACGACCUCAAGGAGUUACCCAGAAAGGGCGGGCGCUCUUGUAAUCCACUGAUCAACCUCGGAUUACGCAAAAAGAAGGAGGACGAUUCUGACGAUGAGGAGGAAAAGUCGAAUCCAUCCGCACGGCGACGGUUGCCACUCGGUCGGCCGGCCGGUCUGAAUAAGAAAGGACCACGAGCAGCCAGUAACGAGAAGAAGCCGGCUCAGGGCGCGCGCAGUGCCGGUGGCACUGGGCGGAAGAAGGCCGUGUUCGAGGAGGACAGCCCGGUUGAGCAAAGCUCGUCGUCGUCAAGUGACUCCGAGGACGAGCCGUAUCGGGUGCGCAAAAACAGCCAAAAGAGCUCGAAAAAAGGCCCAACCGUCAACGCGACGAACGUGAAGCCGAAGGGCCGAGGUCGACCUCCUAAGGCCAAGAAGCCGCAGCAGCGUAGCCCUGGAAAGGUCUUUCCGCCAAACUACGGGCGCAGAGGGCGUUCCAACACGCCGCCCAAAUCCCCGACGACGCCUGUGCAAUGCGCGAGUGUGGCAACGAGCGUUGGCACCGAUGGCACGGUCCCGAUGCGAAUGGGCGAGGCGGCGCCGAGCAGUCCGGGCGGCGGCCGAACGAUGGCUGACGUCGGCGGGGAUGACUCUGAAGAUGGCGGCCAACCCCCACUCCCGACGUCUUUACCGAGACCGCCACCUGAUCCGCCGGAAGAAGAUGGGCCUCACGCUGAACAACGUUCUUCCCGCGGCGUGACAUCGAGCCUUCGGUCCGAGUCGCGCCACUCGAGCCAGUCCAACUUUCGGCAAAAGGCCAGUCGGGCGUCGAGCACGGAUAGUUCGCGAAGCAGAAGUAUCGUGGAAUCGGACGACGAUCAUAUCCGGCACAGGCCAAGCUCCCCAGCGUCAUCACUAUCUUCCCUGGACGAUCGUUGGCGGGAGAGCCCGCGGCCUCUCGGCGACCUCUUCCCCACCCAUACCGAUACCGUGAACAUGGGCGGCGUGCCGGAUAUGGACGACGACGAGCCAUCAGGCAGCGGUGACGCCGCUUCCAACGACGAAGCGCCCCCGGUGCUCAACGUUGAACCUAUUGGUGCCGCCGAGCCGAUGAGCAGCGGCGGUCUGCCCCCCGUCGCCACACUGCAAAUGGCACCAUCACCAAUACGCAAUCGUCCGCUGUCCAUCCCCGCAUUUGACGACGACGACGACGCGCCGCCCCAGCUAUCCCCGAAUAUCAUGGACGAGAAAAACGACACGGCCACGUCGAGCAAAUCCGUCACCGCCCACGACGUGCCCGAUGUAAGGUCAUUAAACGGUUUUUUUUUGCAGAGCGCAAUGGACCGCCCGCCCAAGGCCCCGGCAAUGCUGUCGCACCCAAUCGAGGAUGAGGAUCCGAUCCCGGAAAUACACCACAGCUUGCCCGGACUCUCAAGUGGCUUGCCGCCCGUCUCGCAACAGAUCCAGAUGACGCCCCAGUCACAGCAUACGCUACAAUAUCCAGGGAGUGGCGGCGGGAUGCUGGUCAUGGAUUUGGGGCAAGCGACACCGGGCAGCGUGGGACAGCUUUGUGCCCCGGGAAGUGUCCAUCAGACCACGCCGGAGAUGCCGCAAUUUAUGAGCCCGCCGCAGAUGCAGCCUUCCUGCAUGCAACCCGGCUCGGUCUCCUCGGUGCACUCGGUCGGCGCCGCGGGGAUGAACACGUCGGGCGGGCCGCACGACAUCCCGCCCGGCUACGGCCCGUCGACGCCCGCAACGCCGCUGCGACACCCGGUUACUCCGGGCAUCGGGCCCGCGCAGAACACGCCGCCCAUGUCCAACCAGCCGGCCAUGGGCACAAGCCCUUAUGGGAUGCCUCUCGGCCCGUCGCCGCUUUGCGUGCCCAGCGUUGCCGCCCAGAGCACGCCGCCGAUGAUCCAAGCCCAGCAUCAGCCACCCCCGCCACAACAGCAGCCCCAGCCUAGCACGAGUCAACCCGCGAAACGCGAUAAAAAGAAAGCGUCCUCCAGCCGCUCAGCCGCACACCACGCUGCCCCGCCGGGCGCCCAGCAGCAAGCGAUGCAAGCAUUCGGCUCGCUUCCGGCCCACCCUUUCAUGGGGAUGCAAACGCCGCUAAUGCCCUCCGGCUUCACCUAUCCCACCAUGUCGUAUAAUCAGGCGGCAUAUAUGCAUCCCGGCUUCGACCCGAUCACCUAUCAGCAACAAUGGUUUCAACAAAACUACCAACGUGCCCAGAAUCCCGCUCCAAUGAUGCAAUUCUACGGCGGCUACGCCCAGGCACCUAUGGGCGGCGGGCAGCCCCGUGUGCCCGGCCCAUCGUCAGCUUCCGGUUCCGGAUCAGGCUCCGGCCGUCAUCCAAACCAGGGCCCCACAGCCGGAACCUCCCAACCCUGGCCGACCCACCAAAAUUUUGCCAGCACCCCCACCGGCUUUGCCCCACCACACCCGCAACAAGUUGCCCACCCGCAGUUCCCGGAUUUUGCCUCAUACCCGGGGGCCACGUGGCCGGGCCCUUUCAAUCAGACCUUUAACCCGAUGGGCGGACCGGGCAAA